UGUGUUUAUUGAUCAAAGAUCAAUGGGUUUGGUCCUGAUUUUGUUCUUCUUCUUCUCUCUCCUCAGUUUUAUCUCACCAACUUAUGGGUAUGAUCCAUUAGAUCCUAAUGGGAACAUCACUAUCAAAUGGGAUGUCAUGCAAGAUAAUUCUGGUUCACAAGAUUUGAGAGUGUGGAUUUUCAAUUACCAGCUGUUCCGGCACGUGGAGCAGCCUGGUUGGAAGCUAAGUUGGACAUGGCCAGGUGAUGAGGUGAUUUUGGGCAUGUGGGGAGCUGAGGCUACUGAGCAAGGCAAUUGCUCGGCAUUUAGGGGAGGACAACUUCCUCAUUGUUGUGAGAAGGAACCGGUAAUCAUUGACCUUUUGCCUGGUGCCCCAUACAAUAAGCAGUUUUCCAACUGCUGCAAGGGAGGGAUUCUAUCGUCAAUGACACAAGAUCCCAGUAAGUAUGUAGCUGCUUUUCAGAUGAACAUUGGCGGUUCUUCCACCGACACUGCAGACAGUUCAACGCUAGGAAUACCUGGAAACUUUACACUUGGUCUUCCCGGUUAUACAUGUGGAGAUCCAGUUGAAGUCCCUCCAAGCAAGUUUAUCGAGGACCAUGGCCGUCGACAAACACAAGCUCUUGCGACAUUUAACGUGACUUGCUGUUACUCCCAAUUUCGAGCAACACCAGCCCCAACGUGCUGUGUUUCUUUGUCUGCAUUCUACAACGAUACCAUUAUUCCAUGCCCACGUUGCAGCUGUGGCUGCCAAGGACAACCUGGAGCAAAAUGUGUAAAGCCUGGUGAAUUACCGCCGGUGUUGCAGCUGCAACCUAAUGGAGUAGCACAGCCGGUAGUGCAGUGUUCGCAGCACAUGUGCCCGAUAAAGGUGCACUGGCAUGUGAAAGUAAGUUAUAAACAGUAUUGGCGGGUCAAGAUCACCAUCACGAAUCUAAAUUCUGUGAAGAACUACAGUGAGUGGAACUUGGUGGUGUUACACCCGAACAUGAGAAGUGUGACACAAGUUUUCAGCUUCAACUAUAAGCCCCUUGAUCAGUAUGGCAAAAUUAAUGAUACUGGGAUGUUUUAUGGGAUUCAAUUCUACAAUGAUAUGCUACUCCAAUCAGGCAGAAUUGGAAACGUACAAAGUGAGAUGUUAUUAAGCAAAGACCCUGGGAUUUUUACUUUCAGGGAAGGAUGGGUUUUCCCGAGAAAAAUUUCCUUCAAUGGCGACGAAUGUGUCAUGCCCCCUCCAGAUGAGUACCCUAGGCUCCCAAACAAUGGUCAUGCUGGUGCAAUGCCAAUGCCCUGCAUAAUUUCUCUCUCAUUGUUGUUACUCACAACAAUGUUCUGAAAAAGACUUAUUUUUAUUGUUUUGCCUGCAAUAGUUGCAAAAGUUUUGCCCUAGAUCAUGAAGAAGAUACAUAUAGUCAAGUUUAAUGGUUCAGCAUGUGUAUGAAAAAUCCAUGUCUAUCUAUACAUGGAACAUGAAAUUGCCAUUUGCAAAUCAAUGUAAAACAAGGAAAACAAGGGCCUGUUUGGUUCAGCUAUAACAUCUCAAAUGAAGAACACAGCAUCCACAAUAUUUAUUUAUCAUUUCCUCAAUGGUUUGGAUGAAUACCCAAAAAAUUAAAAAAAUAAAAUGGUGUUUCGAUCUACCAUGCCACUUUGUACCAAAAAAGAGA